AUGUUGAUGGUAGUAGUCGGAAAGUCCAAUGGAAUUGCGAGUCCGGUUCAACCAUUUACUACUUACAAACAUUCAAUUGAACUUCAAGAAAAUGUAGCUGAUCUUUGGUGGACAGUGGACGCUGAUGCACAAGAGAUUAUUUUCGAGUUGCAUGUUAAGACUACCGGAUGGAUCGCUUUGGGCAUCAGUCCAGCUGGUGGAAUGAUAGGAGCUGAUAUAGGUACUGGCUGGGUCGACCAGGCAGGAAAUGUUCAUUUUCAAGACAGACAUGCAUUCAAUUUUUCACGACCUGUCAUCGACAAUACAACGCAAGAUUGGUUUCAUCUGCAAGGUCGUGAACAAAAUGGAUGGACAUGUAUUCAGUUUAAACGUUUGCUUGACACCUGUGAUUCAAUGGAUGUUCGAAUCAGGUCUGGAACCAACAUUGUCAUUUUUGCCUAUGGUCUUGUCGAUCCCGAUUUGUCUCGACAGGAUGGUGACAUAUCAUAUCAUGAUGAUCGACGAGGUACUCGAAUGAUUCCACUUCAAUCUUAUGGAAAUCCACCAUCGGAGGACAAAUUUGCUGGACUGGAUUCGUUCGAGUUUCGCUUGAACAAUUAUCGAGUUCCAUCGACUGAAACAACCUAUCAUUGCAAACACAAGGCAUUGAUCGAUCCAGCUAAUCGUGAUAUUGUACAUCAUCAGCUUGUUUACGAAUGUGAUCCUGCUGCUAUAUUCGACGAUGCCAAUCUGCCUGAGGGUCUGUGCGAUGAAAUCAAUCCUCAAAUUGAACUGUGCACAACAAACAUUGCCAGCAUAUGGGCUGUCGGUGGCGACUAUAUGGAAGAGUUUGCUGAAGAAGCGGGCUAUCCUGUCGCCGGUGAUUUUCCCAUCAAAUAUUACGCAAUUGAAAUGCACUAUAACAAUGCAAAACAACUUUCGAAUCGUACCGACAGCUCAGGCAUUCGAUUUUAUAUUGGCAAUGAACUUCGUCAAUAUGACCUUGGCUAUCUUUCAUUCGGCACAUAUGCAAACGCCGCCGCCCUUGCCAUUCCACCGAGAGUGGAUCGAUUUAACGUCGACUCAUAUUGUUCUCCUCGAGCUACUCAGAAUUUUCCUGAAUCCGGUAUCACACUUCUAUCAACCUUUCCUCACACUCACUUACAAGGCAAAUAA